UAUCAGCGGAAGAAGAAAGCCCAUGGGACUGCGGACCAGCGCAUAAGCUCGCGUUUAAUCGAAAGUAAACUUAGAGGAAACAAAAUAAGUCAAGCCACCAAGAAGACCUUCUUCCCGUCCUCAGCUGCAGCAGGACAGAAAAUACUUUUAAUUUCUGCAGAUUUAUUCAUUUCGUCUCAUAUUUUAAAAGUUAGCAUCGCCAUGUCAAAAGCAGCAACUCUGAAAAUAAGCAGCGCGAGCUCAGUCAAGGUGGAAAACUUCUGCCAGUCUCUGUAUCAGGAGGCCGAGAAUUUGUUCUCCAGCUUCGUUCCUCAGAAGAUCAUCCAGCUGGACGCUCUUCUCAGGGAUGAUGCUCUCAGCAUCACAGACAUGUCCUCACUCCAGGCUCCGCUGGACAUUCCCAUCCCUGAUCCCCCUUCGCCAGAAGACGAGGAAAUGGAAACUGACAAGAAUGGAGACGAUGAGAAGAAAAAGAAGAAGGCUCCAAAAUGUGGCUUCAUCAAAGGAAACGAGAAGAUAAUGAUCCUUCUAGACAGAGUAAAACCAGAGAUCGUCUGCCUCAGGGAGACCAUCAUUGUAGUGUCCAGCUGGAUUCAGCACCUCAUUCCCAAAAUAGAAGACGGAAAUGACUUUGGAGUUGCCAUCCAGGAGAAAAUCCUGGAGAGAAUCACAGCUGUGAAGACCAAAGUCGACGGUUUUCAGACCAACAUCAACAAGUACUUCUCAGAGCGAGGAGACGCCGUCGCCAAAGCCUCUAAAGACACUCACGUGAUGGAUUACCGCUCACUCGUCCAUGAGAAGGACGGAGCCGCCUACUCUGACAUCAGAGUGAUCGUCCUCGACAUUCGUGGAUUCUACGCUGAGCUAUACGACAUCAUCAACAAAAAUCUGGAAAAGGUGAUCAAUCCCAAAGGGGAGGAGAAGCCGUCCAUGUACUGAAGCUCUGGAGGAAAGGAAAACUGGGAUCGGUUUAGGGCUGCAACUAACGAUUAUUUUCAUAAUCGAUUAAUCUGUCGAUUAUUUUUUCGAUUAAUCGAUUAAUCGGUUCAUUAUUGUUUAGCUAUUUAACCUAUACAAGUGAUGGAUGCAUUUCAGUUAAGAAAAAAAAUAUAAGAAAAGUGUGCAGUUGACUGCAAUCUAUUUUAUUGCACAUGAACAGUCAGCAGUAUAAAAUGAGCUAAACAGUGCAAAAUAUCAGUCCAGAAUAAUUUUUUAGCAUUAGCUGGAAGCCUGCUCCUUCCACCAUGGGUAGUGGCCUCAUGUCUUUUACCAGCAUGUUUAGAAUAGAGUUUGUAAGUGGUAUGAAUUGCUGGGGGGUGAGUGUCUUGUUCCCCAUGUAGUUGUCCAUCGUUGCUUGUUUUUUUCUGCAUAAGAAACACAAAUAGACUGAAAUAAGUACACAUAUAAAAUAAAGCAGCACACACACUACAACACUAAA